CACAUCUCCCUUCCCUCUCCAGGCUUCUGGGCCGACAGGACCCCGGUGCACGAGGCCGCCCGGCGCGGGGAGAUCCUGCAGCUGCAGCAGCUCAUCGAGAGCGGGGCCUGCGUCAACGCCGUCACCUACGACUCCAUCACGCCCCUGCACGAGGCCAGCCUGAGGGGACAGACCCAGUGCGUCAAACUGCUGCUGGAUGCGGGGGCACAGCACAUCUCCCUUCCCUCUCCAGGCUUCUGGGCCGACAGGACCCCGGUGCACGAGGCCGCCCGGCGCGGGGAGAUCCUGCAGCUGCAGCAGCUCAUCGAGAGCGGGGCCUGCGUCAACGCCGUCACCUACGACUCCAUCACGCCCCUGCACGAGGCCAGCCUGAGGGGACAGACCCAGUGCGUCAAACUGCUGCUGGAUGCGGGGGCACAG